GUAGACCCGAUGGACGCUGGGACGGAUAACGGGUUCACCUUCACGGCACCCAACUGGCCGUCGGAACCCAAGGAGCCCGUGGCCAGGAUCACAUCCAAGAGGCCCAGUCACCCCGCCAACUCUUUCUACUACCCCAAGCUUGACAAACUGCCCUCCAUCGCCACCCUUACCUUCGUCAAGUGGCGGUUGAGGGACGCUUUCAACUGCUCGACGCCGCGGCCCCCUCUCGCUAGUGCCUCCACUGCGGUCACCGAAGCGAACACCUCCUUCGGGCCGUCGGGGACGACCUCGUCCACCUCGAACGCAGAUUCGAUCACCACCACCAGCACCACCACGACCUCUGGUCCAAUGGGCUCCCCGAUGACGGCGUCCCCGGCCGCUGAUAACGACACGUCCGAGUCAACACCUGCUCGGCAGACGAGCCCGACACUGACCUUCACCGUGGCUGAGGUCCAGGAGGCGGUCAACGGGUGCAACGACACGUGCGCGUCAGCCGCACCGAGUGGCAGCAGGCACGUCCGGGACGUGCAGGAGCGGGCCACCGCGGAAGCCGUCGGGACGACCACCGGAGGUCCCACGACGGGACGCCCAACGGAGUCCAAAACCGCGCCCUCCGGGCUCUCAACCGUCCCCAAGACCACGACAUCGCCCACAACGAAGCUCGCGGCGGACCACACGACAGCGUCUACAACGAAGCCCACGACGGGACGCGCAGUGGCGUCCACAAUGAAGUCCACGACGGGUCGCACAGUGGCGUCCACAAUGAAGUCCACGACGGGUC